AUGGCAACAAAUAGACAAUAUGAUACUACAUGUUUAGAACAUCCCCAAAAAACUAUAGUUUUUAUAUGUUCAACAUGCAGUGAUAAUAUUCCGGUAUGUAACAAAUGUAUUAUAGGUAGUCAUAAUGGUCAUGUUUUUAAAGAUUUAGAGGAUAUCGAAAUCAACCUUAAAAACAAAAUAAACAAAGAUUUCAAAACCCAAACUUUACCACAGUUAAGCAAACUUUUGGAAAAUAACAAAAGUCAGUUAGAAAAAUCAGAUAAUCAAUUAAAACAAAUUCAAGAAAAUCACACAAAGAAUUUAGAAACUUUAACAAAUGAAUUUAAGAAAAUUAAAGAUAUUGUUAAUAUUAAAGAAAAUGAUUUUAAAAAACUAUUAAUAACAAAACUAGAUGAAAAUAUAGAGGCUAAUAAUAAUUUCACAUCAGCAAUUGAAGAUAGUAAUAAAAAAGUUAACAAUAUUUUAAAUACACAAAAUAACAAUAAAAAUAACAAUCAAAAUAAUAACCAAUUCAUAGAAAUAGUUAAGCAGAGUCAUAUUUGUAAAAAGUUAUUAUCCAAUUUUAACAACUAUCCACAAUAUAAUGAAGUAUCAUUGCUCACUAAAGAGUCUAAUUUCGAGUUAGUUAAAAAAAAUAUUGAUGGGUUUCUUUCUUUAGUUCAAAAUCAAAAUAAUGCUAAUGGGUCUAAUUCUUUAGAUCAACAUCAAAAAUAUAUGGUUUAUAGAGGCCUUAGAUUUUUCGUAUAUAAAAAUGGUUGCAGUAUUGAAAAUUCGACCAAAUUAAUUGCCAUAUAUCCCGGUAGCCAUUUACCACCAGUAUUUCCUCCAAACGUAUCCGAGAUUCUAUUACCCGAUGGUUUUAAUCAGUCUCUUGAUUCUUUACCCCCAUCAGUAACAGUAUUAUACUUAUUCAAUAUCAGUUAUCAACUAAACCAAGAUUCAAUCCCCCAUACUAUUCAAACUAUAUAUUUUGGUGAUGGCUUUUCUCAACAAUUUCAUUUUAUUAAUAACCAAUUUGCCAAUAAUUAUUUUUCAGCAUUUCCCAAACAGAUCUUUUUAGGCAAUGUAGCAUACCCAUAUUAUGGAAACUCCCAGUAUUAUCACCAAAUACAUGUACAUUAUGACAAAAAUUAUAGGUUUGGCAAAAGCCAUGGUUGGACUUUGUGCGACACAAUAGGAAAAUAUUCUUUCAACCAAAAUCAUUAAAUAAACUAUAUUUUAUAGAGGCUUUUGUAAUACCUCCUCAC